GCAAGUACAAUUCAUGUUUUGAUACAUUUUUGAUAGCUGAGCAACAAAAUCAUACCAAAUUCCCCUCUGAACAUGGACAGCCCAGUAAAACAGCGCCUAAAACCCAAGAAGCUGGACAAACAUCCAGGAACUCAGAAGGUCGAGUUCAAAAAGGAUAUCAUCGAUGAGGUAGCGGAUCAGUCGGUUGAAUACGAUUACAUGAAGUAUCCCAGCAAUAAAGAGAAGGCAAAACUCCUGAAAGGCGUUAAACCAUCGAAAAGUGUCACAUUCAAGACGGUGGUGGAGCUGGUGACCUAUUCGGAAAACUGGAAGAUGAAGAUGAGCGAGAGCAGGCUGCGCUCGGAGGAUGAGCAGCUGAAGAGCUCCCAAAAAUAUCGCAACUACUGACAACUUUCCUUAAAAUUAUUGUUCGUUGUAAGCUAAUAAAUUGUUAUGUGUUGAUAAAAAAAUAUUUCGAGAAAAACU